AGAGCAAGAUCCAGUCGGGCAGGUGCUUCAAUUUUCGGCUUUCAACAACAAUCGCUUGUCUUUCUCGGCCCGUGGGCGGCUUGUUGGAUCGGCUUUGGCCGCGGUGAAGGUGUGGAAUUGUAAGUAGGGGGAUUCAAUUGGGCACUCGGUGCAAUCUUUUGCCCGGAUGUUGUUCAUCCAUUUGACUGCCCCGCCCGACGUUGAAGAUGAUGUCAAAAGUUCACAACCACCGGCCUCGAAGAGAUGGAAUCCCAGCCCUAUGGUGUCCCCAGUGCCCCACGGCCCGCUUGUCUGGCGGGACCCCUGCGCUAAGUCCCGCUGCGGUUAGCGAGACGUCACCCGGGCACCCCACCCACGUUUCCCAGCGUGUGUCCAGUCCGAUUGCGGGGCAUUGGCGGGGCCCCGGGCGAGAUGGAACGGCGAGCGACAAAAAGUUCAAAACCUGGGGGGCGACUGACUCACCUAAUGUUUCCCCCCCUUCAUAUAUCCAGUACCUAGUGUCGCCGGUCGGGGAGUUUUUCCACUUCUUUUUAGACUCGAGCUGAUAUAUACCUCCUAAAUCUACCCAACAUGUCUCAAUUGCCCGUUAAGAACGUCGGUGUGCUCGGCUGCACUGGUUCGGUCGGCCAGCGCUUCAUCCUGCUCCUCCAGCAGCACCCGUCGCUCAAGCUCGUAGGCUUGGGUGCCUCGUCUCGAUCCGCCGGGAAGAAGUACCGCGAUGCUGUCAGGUGGAAGCAGGCACAGCCCGUCGCUCCCGAUGUCGGCGACCUGAUCGUUCGCGACUGCAAGGCCGGCGAGUUCGCCGACUGCGACAUUGUUUUCAGCGGCCUCGACAGCGACGUCGCCGGUGACAUUGAGAAGGAGUUCCAGAAUGCCGGCCUUGCCGUCUUCUCCAAUGCGAAGAACUACCGCCGCGAUCCCCUCGUCCCCCUGGUCGUCCCUACCGUCAACCUCGACCAUCUCAACCUCAUCCCCCACCAGCAAAAGACGCUUGGCCUGAGCAAGGGCUUCCUCGUGUGCAACAGCAACUGCGCCGUCAUUGGGCUCGUCAUCCCCUUCGCCGCCCUUCAGGCGCGUUUUGGCAAGAUCGAUACCGUCUCCGUCGUGACCAUGCAGGCCGUGUCGGGUGCGGGAUACCCCGGUGUUAGCAGCAUGGACAUCAUUGACAACGUGGUGCCCUUCAUUUCUGGCGAGGAGGACAAGCUCGAGACGGAAGCACAGAAGAUUUUGGGCAGCAUCAACGCUGAGGCGACCGCCUUCGAAGAUCAGAAGACGUUGAGAGUCUCGGCAGCCUGCAACCGGGUCCCCGUGUUGGAUGGUCACACCGCAUGUGUGUCCCUGCGAUUCGCCCAGCGCCCUCCCCCAACGGCCGAGCAGGUGAAGGAGGCCAUGCGGGAAUAUGUCUCCGAGGCACAGCGGCUGGGAUGCCCCUCUGCUCCUGAGCCACCCAUCAAGGUGUUCGACGAGCCCGAUAGGCCGCAGCCCAGACUGGACCGCGAGCUCUCGAAGGGUUACACCGUCAGCGUGGGUCGUGUCAGGGAGGACGACAGUGGUAUCUUUGAUAUCAAGUUUGUUGCCCUGAGCCACAACACUGUCAUUGGUGCCGCCGGUUCUUCCAUCGUCAACGCUGAGGCUGCGGUGCUCAAGGGUUUCGUCUAAGCUAUGUAAAGAAUAUAUCAUGAUGAAUGUAAGGAUGGGAAGAGGCAUUGAUACGGAGUUUCUAGGCAUGGUUUAAAAGUGGCAAUCAAAACUUCAUCAGCGGUCCAUUGCGGACGAUGUAACAAACCGCCAGGUUAGUUAUGCUUGAUUCCUGCGAGGCAACAUGUUCCCGGUGAUCUGGUUGGUCGUGUGUGAU